AAUAUGUUAGAUAUAAUUAAUUCCACUUGUUUUCAUAUUUUUGUAAAUUCUGAAUUUAGACAAACAACUAAUAAGUAUUUUCACAUAAUUGGGAGUAGAUAUUAGACUCACACUUUCGAACGUACCUAACGCUUUAACGUUCUAUGAUACCGCGUGCACUGUGUUUUUUAUUUAAAUAUUCGGUUACAUUUUUAGUCACAGAAUAUUUUUCUGAUAUUCAUGAAUUCAAUAGUAUUAUUAUAAACCAUCUAUAUGCUAAAAAAAUUAACGUUUUUGCAUGAGACCUGUUUUUAACAUAUAUAUAUUUUAUACUUAUAAGUAAUGGAAAAUUCAAGCCCAGUUAAGUCGGCGAUGCCAUGUAAAUUGAAUCCCCAAUGUCUAGUAACAUCUCCAGCAUUUACCGACAUGUCACCUAAUUUAAUUUUACCUUCUAACAAUUCACCUUUGCAAGAUGGCAGGGAAUCAUUGGGAAUUUUACAUCCAGAAUUUGAAAAGGAGUCUAAUUUUUUUAAUAUCUCAGACAAAGAACAAUUGAGUUUGAGUAAGAAUAUAUUGUACCUAGAAGAUUCUGAUAUUGGUAGAGAGUCAUUGGGCAUUUUACAAAUAAAUAAUUUGAAUAUUAAUUUUGGAGAUGAAGAUGAAAAAGUACCAGAUAUUAUGUUGUCUUUUGUUGAAAGUGUUAACAAUUCAACCAAAGUAUUAGAUACUGGUUUUUUAAUUUCUAGCCCUUCUCGACAACUUGUAUCUGCUACAUCUCAAAAUUCUGGCUUAUCAUUCAACAGUACUAGUUUGGAGUAUCCUUCAAAAAUAUUUACACUAACUAAAAGUGAUCAAACAAAUAGCGUUGUCUCACAUAGUCAUUCAAUUUUUAACAAUGCAAACUUUAUGACUACCAAAGACCUAGAGGUUAGAAGCAGAGCAUAUUCACAACCUCAACAAGUUUCAAAUAACCUUAUGGAAGCAGGAGAGUUUUUUUGGAGCACUGGAAAACCAACUAAAAGUAAUAAAAUGUUGUGCCAGGACAUUCAUCAUGAGAAACUAGAAUUUGAUGAUAAUAAAGAUGAUAUGUUUCUGGAUUCUGUAUUCAUUGAAGGUAAUUAUAUUGCACAAAAAAUCGCCGACGGUUCUUUUUUAAAUGAUUGUUUCGAAAAUGGUCCAUUAGAUUCAACUCCACAACCGGAAUGGCCUAAUGAUUUAGAUGAAAGUAUAAAAAGUAAGGAAUCAGUUAAUACUACUGAAUCAGUUUUCAAAACUGUCGAUAAAUUGUUACCAAAUAAUGUACCUGUUUAUGGAGAAUUUAAUAGAAAGAGUUCAAGUUCUAAAUCAUCUAGCGCUUCAAGUAAAUCUCGAGAAGCCAAAGACAUUUUACAGAAUCUUUCGGACAUAUUUAAUACUACACAUAAAAGUGAAAAACAAAAAUCUGAAGGUCUAUUAUUAUUAAAUAAUCUCGCUGAAAUGCUUAAUAAUACUCAUACAAGCAAAUAUGAUGCUUUAGAAGAUUCAGGUCAUUCAUCAAUACUACAUAAUGAAUCUGAUAAACCAGAUUCCAAUGUAGAAACAAACUACAAAAAAAAUUCAGAUUCCUUACAUAAGCUCAAAUCGUCUAGUAAUUCGGAAGAAAAUAGGAAAAAAAAUUCAGGAAAACUAGAAAUGAGAAAUGUAUCGAUAGAUAUUAAUUCGAGCAAAAAUCGAAACAAUAGCAAUUCUUCUGUUAAAAGUAAUGAUAGUAAUGGAUCAUCUUCGAUCGGAGUUAAAAUAAAAUCUAAAUUUGGAGGAGCGGGAGUGAAAAAAGGACCAUUAAGAGCGGUUAUACCAAUCAAGGAGAUGAAGAAAGGUUCUUGUACACCAGAACGAAAUGAACAAAAAACCCUGCAACUCCAAUCAAAAAAAACUAGUACACCUAUAAAUGAACCCAAAUUAAAACCAGUAGCAGCUUCUACACCUACCCUGGAUAAUCAAAGUGCUAUCAGUAACAAUAGCUCCCCUAAAUAUAAUUCACACAAAUCCUUCCUAAACAGAUCAAACUCUUUGACUGAGAGAAGUAACAGAGAAAAAAUAAGUAGAGAUUCAAAUGGCACUCCGACAACUUCAAAACUGAGAAGACCAAGUUUCAGUGCAUCUUCGAGUUGCAAAGAAAAAAUUGGGAGUAGUCCCACCCCAAUAAGAGUUCAAGAACAACGUAAAAUAAUGAGAAGAAAUAGUGUUACCGAAGGGAUUACUAACAUUCAAAUUCGUUCAAAUUGUAGUAAUUCUGCUGGAAAAGAAUCGAGAUUGAUGUCGUCACUCCGUAAUGUUAGAGAGAAUUUAUUAAAAUCCCCUUAUUAUAAUUCGAAGACUGGAAUACUAGUUGAUAACAAUACUAAAAUAGAAUCAAAAGUUGAGAAAAUAGUCACCAUUAGAAAAUCCCUCAACUCGUCGGGAAAACCGAAGAAGUCCGAAAAAGAGAACAUUGGUUAAGGAAUUAUUUUUUUCAAAAUAAUAACAUUGUGAUACUGCAGGCAGAAUUUUAAUAUGGUUGUGUAGUUUUCGAUUUUAAUUUUGUUUAGAUAGUUUUAUUUUUUUAUUAAUUGACAUAUUUUUAAUGUUUUUUGAUAUGCAAUGAAUAAAAUUUUUUGAAAAUAAA